AUGAGUAUGAAGAGCAGUAAAGCGUGUUUUUCCCGUGUGCAGCCGCAGACGCUGCCCAAGCCCACAUUCGUCGCGCUAUCAGAAGCGGCUCUCGCUUUACUGGCACUGAACACGGACGAUGUUUUACGUGACCCGCACGGGGCUGAGUAUCUAAGCGGCUCUCGGGUGAUUCCGGGAUCUGAGCCCGCUGCGCACUGCUACUGCGGACACCAGUUUGGUCAUUUCGCCGGGCAGCUGGGUGACGGUGCUGUGUGUUAUCUGGGGGAGGUGGAGGUGGAAGCCGGUGCUAAGCAAACCCGAUGCACAAACCCCUGUGGCCGCUGGGAAAUUCAGGUUAAAGGCGCUGGAUUGACGCCUUAUUCUCGGCAGUCUGAUGGGCGUAAAGUGCUCCACUCCAGCAUUCGAAAGUUCCUAUGCAGUGAGGCCAUGUUUGCAUUGGGAAUUCCCACAACACAGGCGGGAUCCCUGGUGACCUCUGACCUUUAUGUCCAGAGGGAUGCGUUCUACAGUGGCAAUCCCAGACCAGAGAGGUGCUCAGUGGUUCUCAGAAUAGCACCCACCUUUAUCAGAUUUGGCUCGUUUGAUCUCUUCCACCCUGUGGAUGACUUCACAGGUAGACAUGGCCCUAGUGUUGGACGUACUGAUAUUCGUGCACAACUUCUGGAUUAUGUCAUUGAGACGUUCUACCCUGAAAUACAACGAAGACAUUUAGAUCGACAAGAGAGGAAUGCUUCCUUCUUCAGAGAGGUGACCGUGAGGACUGCCAAACUGGUUGCCCUGUGGCAAAGUGUGGGAUUUUGCCUUGGAGUUCUCAACACAGACAACAUGAGCAUCUUGGGACUCACUAUAGACUACGGCUUAUUUGGCUUCAUGGGCAGGUUUGACCCUGAGUUUGUGAGCAAUGCCUCUGAUAAGAAAGGUCGUUAUUCUUAUGAAGCUCAGCCAUAUGUCUGCCGCUGGAACUUGGCACGUUUGGCAGAAGCUCUUGGCCCUGAGCUUCAGUCAGCGAAAGCAGGGGUCAUUUUAGAUGAGUUCAUGACCAUUUAUGAGGACUGCUACCUGGGCAUCAUGAGGAGGAAGCUGGGUCUUCUGAGACAACAAGAACCAGAGGAUGUGGAGCUGGUGGCUGAUUUAUUGAAGACUAUGCACAUCACAGGUGAAGACUUCACAAACACAUUUAGUCUGCUGAGUGCCGUGUCCUGUCCUGCAGGUGAACAGAAAGACAGGAACAGUGCAGACUCAGUAGUGGAGCUGAUCGUGGAACAGGUGGCCAAGCAUCCUGCAAUUGAGUUGGAGAUGAUUCUCUCUAUGGCGGAGACAAAUCCAGGUAUGUUCAACAUGGUGGCCAAUCAGCCAGAGGUCACCAAGCAACUGGAGAAGAUUGGCAGAAUGAAGGAGCUUCUCGUAAUCAAUGAGGUGGAGCUAAAUAUCAAACAGAGAGAUCGUUGGCAGAGAUGUGUCAAACAAUACAGGAGGCGUCUGGCCCAUGAAUGUGAUGAAGCGAGUGACCCUGAUGCAGUGGAGAAAGAACGGGUCAGAUCUAUGAACUCCACCAAUCACGCUGUUGUGCUGCGGAACUACAUUGCCCAGAAUGCAAUUGAAGCAGCUGAAAGGGGUGACUUUUCGGAGGUUCAACAGCUGCUUAUAGUUUUGGAGAACACUUAUUCAGUCAGUCCGGAUCUGGAGCGUCCGGUAUGGUCAGCAGGAAGUGGGUCAGACCGAGCUGAUAGCAACAGCAUUAAGGGACAGGAAGUUAAGGAGAACACAAAAAGAAAAGCAGCAGCUGAUACUCACCAGAUUCCAUAUAACAGUACACCUCCUGCAUGGGCCAGAACGAUCUGUGUCACAUGA